UCCGCCCGUUUCAUUCCGGGUCAUUGUCUUGGUCGGACCACAGUGGAGGCGGAUAUCCACGAUAACGGAAUGAAUGGAUGCUAAAGCCCCCUGUGCUGUCAUGUUUUUAGUAGAUACACGCGCGUGAAACAGCUCGCGGCUUCAGCGAUGGAGUGUGACAUUUUGGACUCGUUAGAGCAGCUUGGCUAUGACGGCCCUCUGCUUGAGGAGAAGGCGCUGCUCAGAGCCGCGGAAGGAGGCCUGCAGUCGCUUGAAUAUGUGGAUCUCUGUAAGUGGCUGUCAGCCAGGUUAAAGCCCCUGUGUGACCUGGAGGAGAGCAUCACCUCAGGCCCAGACGAUAUGGACAGCCUCCAGCUGGAGAUGAGUGGUCUGCUGAGGGAGCUGCAGUGCCCCUGUGAAGUUUCAGGGAUUCUCAAGGGCACUGGGCAGAAAACAAAAGACCAUCUCAAGUUUGUCUUGUUUUUAAGCUCUGAGCUUCAGGCCGCCCAGAUUGUGAGAAGCAGGCAAGUCUCUGAUAAACAAGGCCAGAGUCCAGUGAACCAGGAGCUCACAGCAAUCUGUGAAACUCUGAAACUACCUGUGCCAAAGGGACAGGAGGCCGCAGGAGUUUUCUCUCAACUUCAAAAUAAGGUUGAAAACUUGCUUAAAACCCUUCCUGGUGCCUCUGUUGGAAACCCAGUGCUGAAGAAAUCACUCAGUAGUGAACAGUGGGAAAAAUUACAAAGCAUCAACGCAACUCUAUCGUCGGAGUACGAAUGUCGCCGCAGGAUGCUGAUCAAACGGCUCGACGUCACUGUUCAGUCAUUUGGGUGGUCAGACAGAGCCAAGGUGAAGGUGGACAGCAUGGCAGGAGCCUACCAGCCUAAGAGACACUCUCUGAGGCCUCAGUCCUUUGUGGACAUAGCGGCGCUGCUGGCUGCCAGAGAAGAUCUCUGCAAUGUGGUGAAGACCAGCAGCGGCUCGAGCAGGGAGAAGACCGCUUGUGCCGUCAACAAGAUCUUGAUGGGAAGAGUACCAGAUCGAGGAGGACGUCCCUCAGAGAUCGAAGCCCCGCCUCCUGAGAUGCCCCCCUGGCAGAAAAGACAAGAUGGCGGAGGUGGUGGCUGGGGAGGACGUGGCGGUGGUGGUGGGGGACGAGGUGGAGGAGCCUGGGGACAAGGAGGACGAGGUGGUGGAGGUGGAUGGGGAGGAGGAGGAGGAAGAGGAGGGGGUGGAGGUGGUUGGAGAGGAGGUGGGUGGAAUCAAGGAGGACACGGCAGACACGGAGAUUACGGAGGACACAGUGGGCAUGGAGGGAAGCGAGGACGGUACUAGUAUUAGCUUCCACUCAUUGUCCUUUGCUGGGUUUUGUUGUUGUUUUUGUUUUCUUGCGACACUAGACGUAGUUUUUCACAUGACCUCAACUGUUUGUUUGGUUUUUAUGGAUGAAAAGCUGAUGGAUGGUUGUCAGUAUAGGGUGGAAAACCUUAAGCUUUUAUCUGUGCUCAUCGUUCCCCCCCCUUCACUAUUGUCAUCAGUGUUUUUAAAGUGAAAGUAGCACUCAGUACAUGAGUUUUCACUCAUACAAAAGUGGCAAACACAAACACUGUGGCCAUAAUAUUGCAGUUACACUCCAAAUGAAGACUGCAUUCUAAACAUUCUUGUGCAUAUUACUGUAAAUUUGCACAUCUGGAAUAUUAAGAGGCAGAUGGAUUUUUAAAAUGAUGACUGCAUUUUAAAUGUGACCUUUAUCAAUUAAUAGCUCCCUAUGCUGCAUGGACUCUGAUGACUGAAACCACUACUAUCUGAAUAACCUGAUUACAAUGAGGACAACUACACUGUAGUUCCAUUGAUUGAUAAAAAAUAA